UGUUCAGUGGAAAAUCUGUAGAAAUGAUGUAAGAGACAGCAAAGGCAGGGAUUGGAGUAAGGGGUGUAUAGCUGAGACUAUAAAAACUCAGAGAGAAAACUCUCCAUCAGGGCUGAGUUUGGGAGAAACUGCACAUACAGGACUCUAAAGUUAGGCACCCCUGGAUUUUCACAAGAUGCUGGACUGGAGACUGGCAAGUGCACAUUUCAUCCUGGCUGUGUCUUUGAUAUUGUGGAGCUCAGGAAAAGUGCUCUCGGUGGAUGCAGCAACAGAGGCCUUUGAUUCUGGAGUCACAGAUUUGCAGUCACUACCCACAGUCCGAGAAGAGAAGUCAGCCACUGACCUGGCUGCAAAACUCUUGCUCCUUGAUGAGCUGGUAUCUUUGGAGAACGACGUGACAGAGACAAAGAAGAAAAGGAGCUUUUCUGGCUUUGGGUCUCCCCUAGACAGGCUCUCAGCAGGCUCUGCAGAUCAUAAAGUUAAACAGAGGAAAGUAGUAGCUCAUCCAAAAAGACGAUUUGGCAUCCCCAUGGAUCGGAUUGGUAGAAACCGGCUUUCAAAUUCUAGAGGCUAAUUGAUAUCAAGUAUGCAACUUCCCUGGGUGAAAUGACACAGAAAUGUGGAAGAUGCUUCCGUGAAGUUCUUCAUACUCCUUAAGCAUAAAAUUUUAAAGAACUGGCCUUCUGCAAAUCUUUUCCAAACCUUGAACUUCAGUCCAUCACGUCACAGUAUUGUUUUGGUUUCAUUAAAUUAUGCAGAUCACUUCAAUGCAUGUAUAUUUUAAAUAUGUAUGUUAAUUAUUCAGGCAUGGUUACCUGCUCUCCAGACCUCAUUUUUUAAUCACAUUCAAAAAGCAUGAUAUAGAGAAAAUACCUUCUAUAAGCAUGUACAAUUCUUCUUCUUUUUUUUUUCAGUUAAAGAAUAGUUAUGAGAGAGAUUUGAGUCUUAAAACUAGAUAAAAUCUGUUUGUUCAUUAUUGGGUAGUAAGGAAAGGCCAUGAUGUGUAGUUUCACUGGAGUACAUUCACCUGUCUCUUUUUCUUUGUCCAUAAACUUGUUGGUAAUAAUAAUAAUACUAGACUUUUAUCAUAUUCAAGUUUUGUCCACUUUAACCAAAUAAAACACAGCCCCAGUGAGCUGUAAAGCCAGAGUUAUUUUAGAGUUAAGGAUAUUACCCAUUUGUUAAACUUUUAUAUUUCUUAUUCCCCAAAUUUUCUCUAAAUUUUAACUGAUAGCUAAUAAACAGCAGCAGUGGUUCAUUAUGAGGGGAAAAACUACACACAAAAGUAACAGAUGAAAGUAGACAGGAAGUUAAAAAAUCAGUAAGCAGUAAACCACCACCCAGACCAGGGCCAGCACAGCACAGAACAUUUCAGCAUAGAACAAUGGCAAAUCUUUUGUGGAAGUAUUGACUCAUCUAGGAAAUUAUUUAAGCACAGUGUCUGAACUGUGCCUUAUUAAGCACAGUUCAGACACUGUGCUUAAUAAGGCAUUGAAGAGCAUAAUGUAUUUGGAAGUGGUGUAUUUAAAAUGAGGCAGAUUAUUUUUAAUUGACCUAUCAAGGCAUAAGAAUUUGCACUUUCGAAAAUUCAGUUCUCAGUAAAAAGUGUGAUGUUACUGCAUUUUAGGUGUAUGAGCAUUGUGUGCUGGAGAUACUUUCAAAAUACAAAAAUAACAUGGAACAGAGAUUCAGCAUGAGUAAUUUGGCAGAAAUGUGUAAAGCAUCUGUAGAACACUCUUCCUUUAAACUUUCGCAAAACUCACCUUCCAACAGACCUAAUAUACUUGUAUGGUACACAGAGCAAAAUAAACUCAAAGAAAUAGCAUGGUGACAAAAAAUACAUUAGUAAAGAAUUGAAUGGAUGAUUGGCCUAAGUUAAAAAAUAAAUAAAUUUUUAGUUAUCCAACAUGCUUUUUAGAAACCCAAUUUAGAAGAUCUGAAAAGAGGUAAAAGAAAUAAUGGUGGAUACUUAGAACACAUAGCUGUUUUGCAUAAAACUUCUCAGUUUUUCUGGAAAUUUUCAAAUUGCUUAAAAACCUUCAAAGUUUAGGGAAAAACAGUAAAUGAGUGUUUCUUUUAUUUGUAAUAGAGAGCUACAGUAAAGAGAAAUUAAUUUUGAGAAAGCUAGUCAAUUAUGUUCUUCAUACUUGUUUUAGCUAUUUAGCUAGUUCUUGUUUUAGCUAUCAGUAGCACUUGGGUAAAUAUUCUACAGGGCUCAAAGUUUGAGGGGAUUAUUUAAGAAGUAAUGGUUACCACAGAUCACAGAAAAUAUGCAACCUUUGACUUUUGUGGACUGGUCUAUUUCACUUAGCGUGUAGUUUCCAGUUUCAUCCACUUAUCAACAAAUGCAAUAAAGUCAUUCUUCUUUAUAGAUGAGUAAUACUCCAUUAUGUAUAUGUAGAAGCUAAUCCAAAAUAA